GACGUUGCCCGGGAUGCGGACAGGUUCCGCCGUCGCCGCCGCCGCCUCCUCCUCCUCGCCUGCUGCCGGGGUUUGUAUGAAAACACCGGGCGGCCGGCGGCGAGUGACCCGUGGGGGGCCCUCCGGGAGAAGCAGCCCCUGCCGCCGCCGCCGUCCGAGCCGGAGCCGGAGCAGGAGCUGGAGGCCGCCCUUCCUUCCAGGCCCGUCCCUCUCCCCGCCCAGAGCCGAUUAUUGAAAUGAAGAAGAAUUGUUGAGAUGAAGUAAUCGUCAAGAUGAACAAAUUAAAAGUGUUAUCAGAAAAAAGCCUUAGUAGCAAUUCUCGGAUCGUGGCACUCCUGGCUCAGCUGGAGAAGAUCAACUAUGAAUGUUCAGAAGCAGAAGCUGCCAGAUAUGUUACAUCAAAGAUUCUUCACCUGACCCAAAGUCAAGAGAAAAUCAGGAAAGAAAUGACAGCCAAAGGUUCUACAGGAAUGGAUGUUCUACUCUCAACAUUAGAGAACACGAAAGAUCUUCAGACCACACUUAAUAUCUUAAACAUUCUUGUUGAAUUGGUGUCAGUUGGUGGCAGUAGGAGAGCAAGUGCUUUAGUCUCCAAAGGCGGUACACAGAUAUUGUUGCAGUUACUUUUGAACGCCAGCAAAGAAUCUCCUCCACAUGAAGAGUUAAUGAUUCAGGUUCACACCCUUCUUGCGAGAACUGGACCAAAAGACAAAAAAUUUGGAGUGAAGUCUAGAAUUAAUGGGGCCUUAACUAUAACUCUGAAUUUGGUGAAACAGAAUUUGCAGAAUCAACGUUUAGUGCUGCCUUGUCUUCAGCUUUUACGAGUGUAUUCUACCAAUCCUGUCAAUGCGGUGUCCUUAGGGAAAAAUGGAAUUGUGGAACUGAUGUUUAAAAUCAUUGGCCCUUUUAGUAAAAAGAACACUGGCCUUAUGAAGGUUGCUUUAGACACACUUGCUGCAUUGCUAAAAUCAAAAACAAAUGCCAGGAGAGCUGUAGACAGAGGAUAUGUCCAUGUGCUUUUAACGAUUUAUGUAGAUUGGCACCGGCAUGAUAAUCGGCACAGAAACAUGCUCAUCCGGAAGGGAAUUUUACAGAGUUUAAAAAGCGUCACAACCCUCAAGUUGGGAAGAAAGGCAUUUAUUGAUGCCAAUGGGAUGAAAAUUCUGUACAACACUUCACAAGAUUGCUUGGCAGUCAGGACUCUUGAUCCUCUCGUCAACACGUCCAGUCUGAUUAUGAGGAAAUGUUUUCCUAAAAAUCGUCUUCCAUUACCAACUAUUAAAAGUGCUUUUCAUUUCCAAUUACCAGUUAUUCCUGUGACUGGACCUGUGGCUCAGCUCUACAAUUUACCACCUGAAGUGGAUGACGUAGUAGAUGAAAGCGAUGACAAUGAAGACCUUGAAUUAGAAGCUGAAAAUGAAAUUGAGAAUGAUGAUGACAUAGACCAAAAUUUUAAGAAUGAUGACAUUGAGACUGAUAUUAACAAGUUAAAACCCAAGCAAGAAUUAGGAAGACCAAUAGAAGAACUAAAAAUGUAUGAACAUUUUUUCCAUGAACUUUCUGAUGACUUUCAGGAAUGUGAUUUAAUUGCCAAAGAACCAAAGCCCUUGGCAAAGGAAGGAAAUCUAGGUGGACCUAUUGUUGUUCCUACAGCAGGAGAAGAGCCGCCUGUGGAACCAAACAGUCUAAUAAAUUCAGUGAAAAAGAAUAUCAUUUCACAAGGAGAGGAAGGGGAUAAACAACCUGCCUUUUUAGACCUGGCGAAAGAAGAUACUAAAAACAGUGAUAGUCCAUUGCAGCAACAGGAAGGUGAUCAAAAUAGAACAGUUUCAUCAAACCAGUAUCUCACUAGUGACCUAGUAAAGGCCUUGGACCGAAUAACACUGCAGAAUGCUCCCCAAACUUCCCAGAGCUUUACUGCCGGAAUAAAGAAAGAUUCCAGUCCUCACCUUACCUCCAUCACAUGCACUAAAACAUGUCCACAUAUUUCUACGUGUGGAAAUGUGCUCUUUGAGGGACGAACUGUUCAACUAGGAAAGUUAUGCUUUACUGGAGUGGAAACUGAAGAAGAUGAUGAUUCUGCAUCUAACUCAUCAGUGGAGCAAACAUCAGUUGAAGUCCCCAACAUGCCACCACUCCAUGACUCUGAUCUAUAUGUUGAGAUUGUGAAAAAUACUAAAUCUGUUCCUGAGUAUUCAGAAGUGGCUUAUCCUGAUUAUUUUGGUCACAUUCCACCUCCAUUUAAAGAACCUAUUUUAGAAAGACCCUAUGGUGUGCAAAGGACAAAAAUUGCCCAGGAUAUUGAGAGACUAAUCCAUCAAAGUGAUAUCAUAGACAAAGUUAUGUAUGACCUGGAUAACCCAAAUUAUACUGUACCAGAAGAAGGAGAAAGUUUGAAAUUUAAUUCCAGAUUUGAAUCUGGAAAUUUAAGGAAAGUUAUUCAAAUUAGAAAAAACGAGUAUGAUCUUAUUCUGAACUCAGAUAUAAAUAGCAAUCAUUAUCAUCAGUGGUUUUACUUUGAAGUCAGUGGAAUGCGGACAGGCAUUGGAUACCGAUUUAAUAUCAUCAACUGUGAAAAAUCCAACAGUCAGUUUAAUUAUGGUAUGCAACCCCUUAUGUAUUCAGUCCAGGAAGCAUUACAUGCCAGACCGUGGUGGAUUCGUGUAGGUACUGACAUUUGUUACUAUAAAAAUCAUUUCUCUAGAAGUUCAGUUGCUGCUGGUGGGCAAAAGGGAAAAUCCUAUUAUACAAUUACAUUCACGGUCACUUUCCCACAUAAGGAUGACGUUUGCUAUUUUGCUUAUCAUUAUCCAUAUACAUACUCAACUUUACAGAUGCAUCUUCAAAAAUUGGAAUCGUCACACAACCCUCAGCAAAUCUAUUUUCGACAAGAUGUGUUAUGUGAAACUCUGUCUGGAAACAGCUGUCCUUUAUUGACUAUAACCGCUAUGCCAGAGUCCAAUUAUUAUGAAAAUAUCUGUCAAUUUAGAAAUCGCCCUUAUAUUUUCUUAUCCGCUCGAGUACAUCCUGGAGAAACGAAUUCAAGCUGGGUUAUGAAAGGAACUUUGGAAUAUCUCAUGAGUAAUAACCCUACUGCUCAGAGCUUGCGUGAAUCCUAUAUUUUUAAAAUUGUCCCUAUGCUAAACCCAGAUGGUGUCAUUAAUGGAAACCACCGUUGUUCUUUAAGUGGAGAAGAUUUGAACCGGCAGUGGCAAAGUCCAAACCCAGAUUUGCAUCCUACAAUUUACCAUGCUAAAGGUUUACUGCAGUAUAUGGCUGCAAUCAAACGUUUACCUCUGGUUUACUGUGAUUAUCAUGGUCACUCUCGAAAGAAAAAUGUAUUUAUGUAUGGCUGCAGCAUCAAGGAGACUGUGUGGCAUACUAAUGAUAAUGCUGCCUCUUGUGAUGUGGUUGAAGAUGUGGGAUACAGGACUUUGCCUAAGAUAUUGAGCCAUACUGCCCCAGCAUUCUGCAUGAGCAGCUGCAGCUUUGUAGUAGAAAAGUCCAAACAAUCUACAGCCCGUGUUGUUGUAUGGAGGGAAAUAGGAGUACAGAGAAGCUACACCAUGGAGAGCACAUUAUGUGGCUGUGAUCAAGGAAAAUACAAGGGUUUACAGAUUGGAACACGAGAAUUGGAAGAGAUGGGAGCAAAAUUUUGUGUUGGUUUAUUCCGUUUGAAAAGACUGACGUCACCAUUAGAAUACAAUCUGCCUAACAGCCUUCUUGAGUUUGAAAAUGACUUGAUUGAAUCUAGCUGCAAAGUAACAAGAUGCUCCUGUGCCAGAGGUCAAGGGACUCUUUCAAUUGACAACCAAAAAACAUCUGGAAUUUACAAGCGGAAACUUUCCAGAUGUUGAAUUCUCCAUGAAGAAGAAUCUGCCUGCUUAAAAAAAGAAGAAGAACAACAAAGUUGACGUUGCCCAAACUUCCUAGGCUACCUGCCCACUCCCAUUAUGCCUGUCAUUUUAAUAACUUGAUAUGUUCUUUAUUUUGUAAUGUAUUUAGAUGCUAUGGUGAUAAGGACUGCAUAAAUGGAAACCAGGAUGGAAAAUUGUACACAAUGGAGAACUCAUUUUAUGUCUGUUUGUAGUUGGUUAGGUGGUACUAGGCCUAACUCCCCUGCAUAUCCAGAGAGAAUUCUUACUGAUCCAAGGGACAUGGAUGUUGUUUCCCAGGUCAUACCAGUCCCUAGCCCAGUCUCCUUCUAAUAAUGAGAUGGUUUUAUGCUGAAAAGGCUGCGUUAAUUAGAUGCUCUAUUUCAGAGGAGGAAUGGUUUUUUGGGUCUUGCAACUUCAUCAUGAGAAGGUAGCAUGCAGUAAAUAUUUGACUCUUCAAAUGGGGAUAAGGAGGUUGUUUGAAUAACCAAGGUCGUAGGAGCAAUUGGUUAACUGACAAAAAUCGACCUGUUGUUUGUGUCUUCAUGUUUAACUAACUACAACUUACAGUUGUCUAGGGAGCAAACCUUGUGGUGAAGGGGCUCCUCCAUUCCCACCAACACCAACACCAACUGCUCCCGGUGCAGCAAGUAAGCCAGAGAGUCAUAGGAAUAGCACAGCUCCUCCUCACUCCAGAUGACCAGGCCUACUUCUAGUCUAGUUUUAAUUAAGCCAUUGUCCAGAAGGAUAGAUAUAUAGAAUAGACUUGCCAUUCCUACCACCACCAAAACCACCUGCUGACCAACUGCUACUGAUGAUGAAGAAGUCCAGGAUCCUUAGGAAUGGCAGCCCUCUCCAAACCAUCAGUCCUGGUUCUAGUCCAGCCCUUACAAAGAAACUGGCCGGGGGAGCACCCCUUGUGAAUAUUUGACUCAACUCUGCAGGUUCUGUAGCCCCUAUCUCCUAAGCAGCCACAGCUACUAGAAGACCCAGAAAACCAAGUUCUUAACCUUGGCAUCAUCAAAUUUCUCAGCAUCAGAAAUGUAUAUGAUUUUAUCUUUGUAAAUGACCCUAAAGAAGAUGCAUUGCUUUCUGUUUUGCCACUGCAGUGUAAGAACCAUGGAUGGAGCUUUUCCAUUAAGCUUGAAGCUCAACCUUUCCAUAUGUGUUCUCUCUCCCUAUUAGAAUGUGAGCUCCCUGAGAAUAAGAAUUUGUCUUUCCAGCAUUUAAAAUAGUUCUUUGCACAAAGAGAACACUUUACAAAUGCUUUCUUAUUCAUUCAUUGAUUUACAUUCAAAUCUGGGUCCAGAUCAUUUAUCCACUCAAAGUUACAUUCAGAGAGGACUCUUACCCAGAGCAUAUGAGGAAUUCUGUAAAACAUGUCAGUAAUCUUAUGCGUCUCCUUCCUUCUCCAUUCACAUAGUUUGCAAGAGGGGUAGAGGAUAUAUGUACUGUACAUACACACAUACACACAUACAUUCACAUAUACAAUGCACACACACAUAUAUGUACAUACAUGUGUGCAUGUGUAUAUAUAUAUGUAUGUACAUGUGUGUAUAUAUGUAAAAUACUACCGGGGACAGAAGCAAGAGUGAGCUUGAGAGAAAUGGGCAGCAGCCUAAAGUGUGCAGAGAGAAAGACAUUGAGACUCCAUAGGGAGACAGGCAGGCAGAGAUGAUAAUGACCCAUCUCCUAAGCAAGGUCCUCCAAUCUACUCACAGUGCUAGGGUUUUUCCUAUUGCUGCUUGUGAGCUUGUUUGCAGGGGGCUAUGCUAACUAUUUGGAAAAUUGUGGAUAACAAAAUCGGAGAAGGGAAGAUGUCCCAGUUUUCAAAAGAGAAUCCAUUUUGAAAACUAGAGGCCAAUGAGUUUGACUUUAAUUCCUAGGGAAAUUAUAGAAUUGAUCAUUUAAAGAAUUUAAAUGAUUUAUUUUUAUAAUUCUAAAGAUUUCCCCCUAUUUUUCAAUUUUUUCAAUAUUUAUAUUAUAGGAACUUUGACAUUCCCGGUGGAAAAUGAAUUGGAUUGUUGCUCAGCCAGUUUUCCUCUUAUUCUGUUCCUUGCUGUCUCUCCUAAUUGUAAUGAUAUUCAUAAUUUAAAUUGUUUUAAUGGAGAUUUUAUUUUUUCAAUUAAUGAUCAUUUAUUCUCUCUCUCUUUCACCUCCCCUUCAAUUAAAAAGAAUAAAUUCCUAAUAGCAAAGAAGCAUUCAAGAAAAAAGAAAUUCCUGUGUUAGGCAUGUACAAAAAUAUAUAUCUCAUAGAAUGAAGCACCAAAAAGAGGGAACUAAUUGAUAUCUCAAAAAAACCCAAUAUCAAGCUUUAUCAAAAAUAUAUUGUGCCAGAUUGAACUUAUUUCCUUUUCUGAAAGGGUUACCAAACUGAUUCAGUCAGUGAAAAGCUAUAGAUAUAGCUUGCCUAGAUUAUAACAAAGCUCUAACUUCUCUGAGCAUUUCCUGCUCCCCUCUUUCUUGUUCCACUUGUUCAUUUGAGGCCUGAGGUCAAGUAUAACCUGGUCUCCUCUGGGCAUGUCCAGUUCUCCUAACAUGGAGACACCAUUGAGGGGCCUUUUGAACAUGCCCAGUUUGCUUAACAUGGAGCUCUCUGUGCCCUCUACCAUGUGGAUUAAGUAGCCUCCUUUGAUCGACUGCUCAUUUUUAAAAAUUCUUUCUCUUGUAGAAAAUAUGGAGAGAUGUGAACCAAACAAUAAUAGAGUUUGAUGGUUUAAAACCAUUUGAAUGGAGAGACUCAAAGAUUAGUAUUUAAGGAUUCAAUGUCAACUUUGUAGGUCUUCAGUGGAAUUCUUUGUAGCAUGACAUUCUUAUCAGUGACUUGGGUAAAGGUAUAACAUGUAUGAUAGACAUAAUAACCACUAGGUAUCCCUGCCAGGUAUGCUGGAUUCCUCCCUCCCCCCUUCCCCCACAAAAGGCAGGAAGCUUUCCCUAGGACUUGAUUAGUCUGGUUCACUACAGCUUUAGCUGUUGACAUGGCUUCCCAGUAGUCUAGGGCAUGAAAAGGCCAGCCCUGUAAGGAGCUAAUGCUCUUCAGACUUGAUAGCUAUCCCACUGCCAUAGAAGUCAAUAUACUCUUUUGGCCAGAUGUGUUUCUGUAUGGAGAUGAGGGAGGCUGCAUUGACCUGAACCUGUACCACAUCUUUGCUGAGUAUACUUCCCUGUGUUGCAUCCUCACUAAUUAUACUUCCUUGUACUGUAUCCUUGCUGAUUGUAUUUCCCUGUGCUGCAUCCUUGCUGAUUAUACUUCCUUGUACUGCAUCCUUGCUGAUUAUACUUCCCUGUGCUGCAUCCUUGCUGAUUAUAUUUCCCUGUGCUGCAUCUUUGCUAAUUAUACAUCCCUGUGCUGCAUCCUUGCUGAUUAUACUUCCCUGUGCUGCAUCCUUGCUGAAUAUACUUCCUGUGUGCUGAUUAAAUAAACUUUUUUGUUCAAGGUU